AUGGGCAGCAGGCAGCAGGCCGGCUGUAGAGAUGCUACAGGCAGCAUCAAUCAGGCCCACCGCAGGGGCGCCGCUGGCAGCGGAGCGGAGGCCCCUGGGGACAAGGGGAAACGCCACCGGUCGUACGUGCCCCAGCCGUCAUCCUCGUCGUCGCCGUCGCCUCCACGACAAUGGCCAGUGGCGGGCAGCGCGAAGGAGGGUGGCCGGGGUGGCCAAUCAUCGGGCACGGAGUCCGGAAUGGAAACCAGGCCGCCCAAGGACCCCACCGGAGGCCAGAGGCAUCCAGAGGAGCCGAGGUCGGCUCCCGCUCCCAGGCUGAGCGUGCCUGCCCUAGAGCCGAGCGCACCGGCAAACCAGGAGCCACGGGCGCCGCCCUAUCCUGAGCCGAGGGCAGCGGCCGCUCCCGAGCAACCAACGCCGUUCGAGCCCGCCCCAAGCAUUCCGAGGGCGGAGGUGGUCGCGGCGAGGGUGGCACCGGAGGUUAUCGAGCGGCUUGAAGCGGCCAUAGCGGCGGAGCGAUCCAAGGUCGACAGGGACCGCGCUGCCCUCGUUGAAGAGAGGGGGCGGUUGGAAGAGGUCGGCAGGCUCCUGGAGGCCCGUAUCGCCUCGGCCCGCGCAACCCCUGAGAGGUCAAUGCGCACGGUGGCCGAGGAGCAGGAGGCUUUGGAGGAGGCGCGCGAUGAGGUUGUCGCCGCGCAAGACAAGGCCAGCCGCAUGGAGCGGCAGGCGACCGAGCGCGACCAUGCCUCGUGGAGGCGGGCCUGGAAGUUGCUCGCUCGGGAGUAG